ACGGGCAAGGAGAGGAGUCGCGUCAUUUAUGCUCUGCUGAGGGGAAAUGAGAGCAGCGGCUUUUCCUCCUGUCCGUCUGUCUCCCUACGUUUGUGUUUUUCUCCCCCUCUCCUCUCUAAUUGUCUCCCGUCCUGGCUGGUGCUGCAAUGGGGCUGGCUCUGCAGUGAAAGUGCUGGCUGGCGGAUUCUCCUUGACUGAACCCUGACUGUGCGCAGUGUUUGCAGCCCCGCUGCUGUCCUGUCCACACUGACUCAGCUGUGCAGCCUGCCGGCCUCUGAGAGAGCACCGGCUGCAGGACCAGUCUCCUACACAGGAGUGUAGUGGGGGCUGGCGGGGAGGCUCCUCACCCCCCAGCUGCUGCAGGUGCACAGCUUGGACUUGUUUGGGCUGAAGACACCCAGACAACAGCUUCCAGAUUUAAGUCCAAUACACCAGAGAGGUCAAGUUGCUGUAAAGGAUAUUUCACAAGCUCUCUGGAGCCCGCUGGAUUCUGCAGCAGCAAUUCUUUUGGAGCCGAUCUUGCUGCCAUGGAGGUCCAGUGGGCCGGGGUUGAACUCCUGAGGAUGGGCCCUCAACACAAAGCCAUGGGCCUGAUCUUCUCUAUAAUGCUUGCCGCGUGGUCUGUUCAGGGCCUUGAGAUGUCUGUGGGGAAGAUUCCCUUCCUGCAGGCAGUGAAUGGCAGCACAGUCUUGUUGCCUUGCACGUACUUGAGCUGUAUCGGGAUCCAAGACCUCUACUUCAGCUGGCAGUUUAAUGACAACGGCACCAUGCAGAAGGUGUGCGAUUCAGUGAUAGCGUCAGAGUUGGUGACGCCACAUGUGAAUAUAUAUCGAGAGCGGGUGGAGUUUAUUGGCAAGAACAUUGCCGGCAACAUCUCCAUCUUGCUGUGGAACAUCACCUUCGAGGACGCCGGCCAGUACACUUGUUUUGGACGCAACCCCAAAGAAAAGGGCCGGAACCACAGCACCAUCUUCACCCUGUAUGUGGUGGACGAAUUGAGGGUGGUGGACAACACACUGACUAUCAUCAUAGCCUCUGCUGUGGGCGGAUCCAUCGCAGCACUAAUGGCCUUCAUGUUGAUCAAGAACUUCACUCUCUUUGUUCUUGCCAAGCUUGAGGAGAAAAAUAAGGAGUGCCUUGUAACUUCAUCAGGGAUCGACAACACAGAAAAUGGCCUCUCAGGAUCCAAAGCUGAUUCAAAACCAACACCAAAAAGGAAAUGAGAAAAGUGCACGUAUAUAACAGCAUAUAAGUACUUAUAAUGAUGUACUCUUGCAUAUAUUUGUAUAUGCACAUGUGUUUGCUCACAAGCAAAUUCAUUAUGUCUAUGCCUUCAUAGGGGAAUACAUACAUGUGCACGGAAAGGUCACUGUGCUGAUGAUAUACAACUAUAGCUUGUGCAAGUCAAUGCACACAUAAUUAUUUAAAAUGUGCUCAUAACUUUUAAAUAUCUAAAGGAUAAUUUCACCUGCCAUAGACACUUCUGCUUGAUAUACAUAGGAUUGAUAUUUACUGCCCACCUUCAACCUGGAAUACCAAACACCCUUUGCCAACACAUUACCAGAAAAAAAAAACUGAAAGGUGUCUUUGAUUUUGUGUGAGACUAUAUCUGACGAAAUUUCACAAAUAAAGUUAAAGUGCACCGUAACUUAACAAAAUGUGACCUGAUGGCACACAGAGCCAGGUCCAAAAAGCAGCUGGGAAAAACCCUGUUACCAAGUUUCCUCUGGUUAGACUGACACACUGCUCAAAGGUGUGUUUUCAUCACCUUUGAGCAGUGAACGGUAGUUUUACGACAAAAAAAAGGAAAGCGCAACACUCUUAAUUAUUAAAGAAAGAAUAGUCUGCCAACUAUUCAACUGAUCGAUUCCCCCCUGUUCAGCAGGCUCUGUGAAAUAUAAACAUAUCAAAAUUGUAUUAGAUUUGUUGAUUUAUUUCAGGAUUUGUGGUCUUUUUAAAGAUAGUUAGUCUUCAUCUGAUUCUUCCGCACCAAGGUAAAAGCAUGCUUAUUAAUGAGCACUGUCUCUGGUAGGGGGUUUGUUGUUGAAUUAGUUACAUUAAAAACCAAAGUAUGCACACAUUUUAUUCAAUUAUGGGAAUGUAUGAGUGAAUGUGUUUGUACAUGUUAUUUCAUUGUGUGUGUGGGGGUUAAUUCAAGAGAAAAUAACAGGAGUUGUAUAUCAUUUUGCCCAUAUCAAUAGUUAUCUGUGGCCACAGCCAGAGUUCAUACACAUGUACAUUUUGACUGUUUGUCAAAAUAAAAUAUGUUUUUGUUUAAGUGCUUGAGAAAGUGCAAUGUAGUUAUAGCUGGGCUGAAUCCUUCUUUAACUAACAUCAAAUUCAAAGUGUUCCUUUGAUGAGACGGACAACUGAAAAGACAACAGUAGAUGAUGUGAUAUGACGUCGGAUUUAUUCAAACAACAAAACCAAGUGUUCUUCACCUUUAGUAACAGUAUUAUAGGACUCAGCCCAGCUCUUCAUCCUGUACCUUUGUGCUUGAUAUAAAACACAGGUGCCUGUUAGUGCUUCUAUGCUCCUCUGCCAGCGAGGACAACUACUUAUUGCAAACAGUUUAUAAAGCUCAGCAAAAAAAGUAAUAGUACAAUAAGCUUAUGAACUGACAUGAUAGACAAUCCCUUAAAAACAACCCCAUCCCUAGAAAAUGAAUGACCCUCUGAUGAUGCUGCUUUUAAGACAAAUAACCAAUGCAUUUUAAGCAUGUGCAACACAAGCCAGAUUUUAGAUUCAAUGCUUGAAAACAGAAAUACUUUCUUUUUGAAAAGACAUACUCCAAUGUACUAAGACUGAUAGAGUCAGCUGUGAGGUUAACUGUAAAUCCCAUUGUAUGCCAUGCUAAUUUCAUUGUGCUAACCCUUGCUAAUGCUAAGCACUUUUUGGUGAUGUCGCCCUGUACACUGUAUGCCUUGAUCAGACUCAACAUAUUUACUUAGUGUGUGCCACCUUGUAAGACAUGACUGUUUUUUUGUUAAACACAGACAAAUCAGUCGGCGUUUUGCAAUAAAUUCACAGCAGAUAAAAAGAUGAUCCUGCCCAUGCAUACAGUAAAUUACCACCCAUUUCUAAUGUUAUCAGCCUGUUAAAUGGCCGUUUAUCAGUUGUUAUCACUGCUAGUGUAAUUUUAAUGCUGUGAAAUGGUCGCAAUUUUAAACAUGUUGUUCAUUAUGUAGAAUGUAACAAAACCACUUUGUUAUGUUUAAGUUCAAAUACAUAGUUAAGUUAUACAUAAGUUAAGUGUGUUACCUCUGUUAAAAGUAUUUGAACUUUUAUUUAUAAUUAACAUAGCACACAAAAAGAGAGCCCUGGAUUAUAGUUGCAGAUGUUGUUGCUUUUUAAACUUUGUCUGUCAUACACAUUGGCUCCCGCCAUUAUUAGUAUGGCUACUAGAGGUUGCCGCUUAACAAUUUUUGAAUGUCCCCUCGUUGGUCCAACUCACCAAUAGUUAAAAAAGGUCUACUGAGCCAACUAUGAGGUAAAGUAGGGCCAAACCACCUCAAAUCAUUGAUUUUGAUGACAACUGGUACUAGGCAUUUAUUCGUCUAAAAAGAUUUGAAGCAGGUGUAUAAACAUUCGUUCAGUCAGUGUUUUACUUUUAGCGAUAAAUCAUCUUUAGCAACUACACAGCUGUGAAAAAGAAUUAACAUGGUUGCGCUGACCAUGCAUACAGUAAAUGACCCAUAAAUUCAUACCCUAACUGAUCAUGGGGUAAGGCCUCAGAAAGCUGGCACGGUAUGGGGGCUGUAGUUCAGGCAGGAAAUAAAACAUACUGAACAGGGAGGAUUCCUACUGAGCAUCAUAUUAGGGGAUUAAUGUGUCUGCAUCACAUGCUAAAGGUGAAAUAACAUUUCACCUACAUUUACUGUUGCACAUUGAAUGUCUGGCUUUAAAAGAAAUACCUCUGGAGAGUAGGACAAAUGUAUGUGUGUGAGCUCUGUGUCAAAUUGUACCUCCCAGUUUCAGCAGGCGUUAGCUCAGCGUACAGCGUGAGUGUCUGAAGCUUGUUGUUGUAUUGACAAUAAUGUGCCUCCACAUUAAAGAGACAACAGCAUUUAGUCACUGGCAUGAAGCAAUAUUAUUAGAUGGAUGUGUGACAUUUUAAAAACAUCUUUAUUUUUGUGUACAUGAUUAUCCAAUGAGAUGAGAUCAGAAGAGAGCUAACAGCACACAUGAGAACAUUUCCAGGGUGACAACAUUCUUUAAGGUCCCAGGAAAUUAUAGUGUUAGUCACUCAAAGGUAUGAAGGUGAUGGACCUUACAGAAAUAGCUCUGACUUUUGGGCAGGGCUGAUUAGAUCAAUACCACCCCCUCUAUAAUGGUAAAUAUGAAGCUACAGCUAAUAGCCGCUUAGCUUAGCUUAGUAUAAAUACUGGAAAUGGGGAAACAGCUAGCCUGGCUCUUUACAAAGGAAACAAUCCACAUUCAAACGCCUGUAAGUCUCACUAAGCAUGAAAUGGCUCAUUUGUUGAAACUUAAGUGACAAAUUGUGACAUUUUGGGUGAAUGGAAAGGUUAUGUGAAGUAGGCCUACUGUUUCUUGGCUGGGAGCAGUGUCUUCAGGGAUCAAACAAACAAGAUAAUAGGUUAUUUGGAGAGCUUAGAGGUAUUGGAAGUUACAUUUAAUUUUUCAAAAAUGUUGGACAGAGUUAGGCUAGCUGUUUAUAAAGAUAUGCUCAGCUAAAAUGUCAAAAAUAUCCCUUAAAUUAUAAACCAGUGUGCUAUUUGGUAUAACAUAAUAAAUUACUAUUUAGAAAAAAUCCACAAUUUUGUGCCUCUUUGAUCACACUGACAGAAAGGCAAAUUGGUAGAAAAUCUCAUGGUGAAUUCAUUGUCCCAAUUAAUGGAAUCUAUAAAAAAAACAAUGACAUUACAGGUACAGAGUUGCAAUGGGUACUAUAUACAUUUAUAAUAUGUCUUUACUAUGUUAGAAUCAAAAGAGAACAUCCACCUUGGAGGAGAAAUGUAUGAACUGUGUUGUGAAGAUAUCAGGUCUUCACCUUCUGGCUGUUGCUUUAAUGAACACAAUGUAUGCAGGAACAUACAAAAUAUCAUAAUAUCGCAAUAAUUGUAUUUAAUUGUUGAAAAGUGGGUUUUUUCUCUGACUGGCUAAUCUCUGUCAGUUGUUGUUUUGCUAUAAUUUAAUUAAUAUUUGAGGGCAAAUGAUGACAAGCAACUCUAUGCAAAUCACAAAAGUGACAGUUUGUCACACUGCACCUUUGAGUUACUGUGACAGUUCAGUGAGCAAUACAACAGUAAGAGAUGUCCUGGACCAGGGAAUUGUGAUGUAGGAUGCAGGGUGAAUGUGGAACAUCCAUAGAGGAGUAUAGAGUGGACUGGAGCCCCUGUACUCGAUCAGACCCUGUAGAGCGUACAGACUCACCAAGUCAUGCUCCACCGCUGCUCUCUGCACUCAAAUAUGCUGUACAUCUUUAAUGCUAUGUCUUUAUUAU